AAUAUGUUAAACUUCAGUCCUUAAUUUGUGGACGCUUAAAAAGAACACCACUGAACUGGGCCCAUGAAUGGAAAAUGUAUAAACCAGGUUUCUUUGAAUAUGCUGACUUUUGUAAAGACUCAUGAAAUGAGUUUGACUGGUUAGACAACGUUGUUUUUAGACCUACUGUGCUCCACACCGAUAGGUAGCGUGGCCGAGCGGUCUAAGGCGCUGGAUUAAGGCUCCAGUCUCUUCGGAGGCGUGGGUUCAAAUCCCACCGCUGCCAACAGUUUUCGUUUAUAAAAACUAAAUUCCCUAACAGCAGUGACGUCCACUUUUAUAUACUUCUUUGAAUCCUCACGACAAGUAGAGACGCUUCAAUGUCCACAAGAUUGCUGCAACUCCUCACUAUUGAACUAUCGAUGUGAAAAUAUUAUUGUAAUUGUGGAUGUGAUGCGAGACUUCUCUAACCAGCGACUAUGAAGCCUCCAUCUCGUCGCCGAACUGAACCAUCACGCUUCAGCCUAAAGUGCACUGAAGAAAAACCCACGGGGAGUGAAAAGCGGACUACUGUUAGAUCUUUUUGCAAAGGAUGGACUCGCAAGGAGCAACGAAGCCUCUUGCAAGCUUUGAAACGGCAAAAGAAUUGUGGAUCAGAAUUAGACCCGACUGAGCUUCAAAAGGUGGUGCCCCGGCGGUCUCUCCAAGAGGUUGAGGACCUGAUAAAACUGUUGAAGUCCAGUGUGGUGCAGAUGGUGUUUCAACAGGUCCACAGUCAGCUGAGAGAGGAGCGAAGGAAUAGAGUUCCAAUUGAGAUCUGGGGAGACCUGGUACAGAAAGUCACUAGAUCCCAUGAGAAAACAAUUUCCUCUGCCUUCUCCCAGAUGCUUGUGAUCGCUGCCACAGAGCCUUGCAGCCUGCUAAACUCCAUCCCUCCACAAGCUAUCGACUUCCCAAAACCUACUCGUCCCAGUCAAAAGUCAAAGCCUACUGCACAGCUUUUUCCAUCUGUACCGUCUACUAAUCCUGUAGUAACAGUAUUACCUACACAGAUUGACAAUACCGCCCAGCCUUCUUCCUCAGACACAAGCUCAAUAGGCAGUGCAUCGACUAGCUCAGCGGGCUUUUCACUUAUUCAGCCUGCCUGUAGUUCCAAUGCUGUGGAAAGGCAUGCUAAGAAAUCUCAGCCAAGUAGUUUACCUCAAGAGUCUAGCACAUCUAAAGAAGAAUCCUCACAUGUGAUGAUAAGCCAGAGCCAGCUAAAAUCAGAACCAGAGGCAGUAGCAUACAGUCUGAGUGCCAUGUCCAUCGAUUCAGCAUCGCCAUCAGUCUCCAUCCCAUUUAAUCAGGACAAUCCAUCUCAGUCACAAAUGUUGGAUCAAGAUUCUGAGCAGAGACCCAGAGUCCUUAAGUGCAUUGUGAAUUUUGACAAGAUUUAUGAAUACUUAAGUGAUCCUGAGACUAAAACAUGCAGUUCAGCUCUAACUUCAAUGGAGUACGCAGUUCUGUUGGACCUGCUGAUGAGUUUACCUGAGGAGCUCCCCCUACUGGACUGCGAUCAACUUCAGCAUCAUCUGCUACAGGUACACGGACAACUCACCAAACCGGUACAAAAUCCAGCCUCCUCUUUAAAAAGUAGCAAAAACAUUUCACCUGCUACUGUAGAUGAUUCUGCCAAGUUAACAAAUCAAGAGAAGACUACUCCUGAAUCCUAUUGUCCCUCUGAGGAACCCUCAGAUGAUUCAUCUGUGACAGAACCAGCCAAGGAAAAAGACUGGGACUCAGUUGGCAUGCGUCCUCUCAAUCCUUUAAUGAUCCCAAUAGAUUUGUUAAAAAGACGUUCUGUUGAAUCUGGGAAUGAUACGUCUAGCCUGUCUUAAUUUAUUUGAUUUUGACUUUCAGUUAUAAUGAGAGCAGUUUGUUUUGAGUGUAUUUUUAAAAGUUUCAUUAUGACAUGGGUUUGUUUAAAUAAGCUGUUAUGAUUGUAUAUAUGUUAUGCAGAAAAUAAAAUCAGUUUUAAUUACAAUGCA